AUGGCUUCUGGUAAUUACCCCGAAGAAAGCCUCUUGCUUUCUCUUAUUAAUCUUUCUCUUUCUGGUCAUGGCUCUUCAACUUCAAGAACCCAUCAACCAAGUCCAAUGCCACCCAUUAUGACUCCUCCCUUUUCACAAAGUAUCUGGGCUGACCACUGUCCCAGCAAUACUGGAGGGGCAAAUCUUCAAUAUAUGCCUUGGAAUCUUCAAGAUGAUACUAUGAGGGUGAAUUUGAAUUCUGGUUUUGGAGUAGGUUCUAUGUCUUUUUGGGGAAAUCAAGAAAACCCCUUUGGGCAGAAUCUGGGCAGUGCAUCCCUGGGAGGGAGAGGUUAUAUGUCGAAUGAUUAUAAUAGUUUGAAUUUGUACAAUAAUGGUAUGGCAAGUCAAGAUUAUGUUGCUAGUCAUCAAGAAAGUCUGAGUAGUAAUGAAGUUAGAGGUAUAAAUGCAGUUUUGGGUUUGGAAGAUUCUGAUAUUAUUUUGCUGAGUAAUGAUCAAUGGAGCUCUGAGUACCUUCAGAAACUACUGUGUUUGAAGGAUUCCAGGAUUGUAAAUAAGAUGAUGGGGGUGGUUUAUAGCUUCCCAAUUUAUCUGAUGACUCACCAAUAUGGACACCAUCUGUUUGUGAAGCUGAUUGAAUCAUGUGAUGAGGAACAGCGUGGACUGAUUACCACGACAAUAACGUCAGAUGACGAGUUGUUUUUGACAGCUUCAGUCAGUAAAUUUGGUUCACUUUGCAUCAAGAGGCUGAUCAAAAAGCUAGUGGGAUCACCCCUCAUUUCGCUGGUGAUUUCUGCUUUACAUCGAAUAUUUAAAGACACAAUGCUUAAUGGAAAAGGAUCUUCUGUUAUUAUAUAUUGUUUAGAGACUCUCAGUGAUCAGCAAAAUGAGUUACUAUAUGUUGCAGCCAUAAAUCACUUUAGAGAUCUAGCCACCCAUGUCGUGGGAUGUAUUUCGUUUAACAAUUUCAUUAAUGACAUGAGAGGUCCACACAGAGCACAACUUCUAGAUUUAAUAUCUUGUCAUGCUGCAUUCCUCUCAAAGGACCCUUCAGGGUAA